AUGGUGUUCUAUGGGAACCUGUUGAUCAUCCUACAGUAUAUCUGGAGCUUUGAGCUCCUCCAACCCGUGCCCGGGCUUUUCUUAAAGAAAGAGGUGCCCUUCCGGGAACUGGGCUCCAAGAUGCUGUGCCUGCUGAGUUUCUGGCUGCUGCUGAGACAGGCGUUGACAGAGAGGAAGGAGAGCCAGAGAGAAGAGGAGGUGCUGUCGGACAUCAGGGUCAUCCAUACCCACAAGAAGGAGGACAAGGAGGUGAUGGAUGAGAGCGGUGGACACAGAGAGAUGAUGCAGGUGCUAGGCAACACGCUCAUGGCCAUGUUGAACAAGUACUGGAUCUACAUCUGCGGAGGGAUGUUCUUCUUCGUCAGCUUCGAGGGACGCAUCGUCAUGUACAAGAUCAUCUACAUGAUGCUGCUUCUCUUCUGCGUGGCCUGCUACCAGGUGCACUAUGAGUGGUGGAGAAGCAUGCUGAAGUACUUCUGGAUGUCUGUGGUGGUGUACACCAUGCUGGUCCUCAUCCUGAUCUACACCUUCCAGUUUGACUCCUCCAUCCACGUCUGGUUCAACAUGACCGGCAUGAGCAAGGACAAACUGGAGGACCUGGGUCUGGAGAAGUUCUCUGUCCCGGCUCUGUUCACGAGGAUCUUCAUCCCCACCUCCUUCCUGUUGGUCUGCAUCCUCCACCUGCACUACUUCCACCAGCGCUUCCUCCUGCUCACUGACAUCAAGACGGUGGCCGACAAACAGAAGAGCACGAUCACCAG